AUGACCGCCGUGAAUCUCCAGAUUAUGUCAAAUACAAUGCCCCUCGACUUUUUCCCUCACUCUCGCUCAAAUUCUGUCUCCUCAUCUUCAACUCACUCCUCCCACUCCCGCCCACAAUCCUCCCAAGGUCCCAUGUCCCGUAUCCAUUCAUCGGUCCCUCCAUCGGCAGAAGAUUACAGACAUUCCUACCUUGGCUCACUCCACACCGAUUCCCCGCCAAAUCAUAAUAUCACAAAUCCUGCUUUGAAGGGCCCCUUGCGUCCCAGUCACAUCCGGGCCCGUGCAGCGGCAUCGCCUUAUCCUCGAGACACUGAUAGCGUUCACUCCUCCUCCAGUGAGGCCGAUGAUAUGUCAAUGUUUCUUGGUGGUCCAGGCCCCGAUUAUCAGUCGAUGUAUGGGGGAGCACACAGCAUGGCUUCUAAUCCAGAAACGGUCCACACUGCGGGGGCAUUUGGGAGGAUGAAUUUGGGAUCCGAUCUUGCUCUUGAGAAACUUGCUGCGAAUGUACGUGCGGCCACCACGACGAGCGCAUCUGACAGGGCAAAGCAAAUUUUUGUUCAAGCAUGGCUCACAGCCAACUACGCUCCAUACCCCGACGGCAAUGUACCCCGACAAGGCUUGUACUUUUCUUAUCGUAGGGUUUGUGAUCAAUACGGGAUCCCCCACAUCAAUACCGCCACACUUGGCAAAGCAAUCAGGCUCUGCUUCCCUACGAUAAAAACAAGGCGCCUGGGCGUCAGAGGGAACAGUAAAUACCAUUAUUGUGGCAUCAGGCCCGCCACAGCAGCCGAAGCCGAAUGGCUACAGGAUUAUAUCCAUAAAUCUAACAAUAAUGCCGGCCAGGCAUCUAUUAAUGCCGCGCGACUCAAUCACGAGCAGGAGUCGACGAACAGGAGCGAGGAGAGGUCGGACGAUGACGAUGACGAGGAUUCUGAAGGAGGAGGUUCAGCUGCAGGCUCCAAGAGGAAUUCCCUCACGUUGAGCGGUGAUUUGAAGCAUCCAGUUUUCACAGACGACAUAAGCGAUAGGACACCCACAGCAGCGACUUUAUUGUCACAGGUCCAAGCUGCACAGCGCCCUGGCUCCUUCCCGCCUCAGGCCUCUAUCCGUAGACACCCCCAUCAGGAGCCUGGUCUUAAUCUUCAAACGCAUUCGUCACCUUUGGCCAACUCGGGACCGUACAUAUCCCCGCAGCAACCUCUCUCUGUUCGUCAGUUCUCACAUUUUCCAUCGAUCGACGAUGCUGUUGGCUCGACCUCGACAUCUCCACAUGGAGUCGCUGCACGAGAAGUCUGGGGCUGGUUCCAAGAUCAUCUUGAUGUGCUCCUCGAAAGUGUCAGGUCCUUCCGUUUCGAUCAGUUUGAGAUGCACUUGCGCACGUUCUGGUCCAGCUUGACGGGACAUCACCGCGAAAUCGUUCAUGCACCUGCCAUUGCGGGUCUGAUGGCGAAGGCAGACGCUAUUGUUUACGAUGAAAUUCUGGAAAUCUUGCGCUCACAAAUGCUCUCCCCUAUUCCGGCGGUAUCACUUUCUAGCCUUCGCCAGCUUGCGCUGAAAAUGGAGAAAAUCUUGCUUGUCGCACUUGACAAUUACGGAAACACUUUUGUGGAGCCUAAAGUUGAGCUUGGCGCACGAUUUGGUCAUCUCGUUUUGCGAUUCCUCGAUAUCUAUCAAGUUACCCAAGCUUUAAAUACGGUUCUCACUAAUCAGAAGCAACUUUCCGAGAUGCGCAGGUCGUGGCAAAAGGUUGAUUUUGAGUCGGUCCGCAAUCAGUCUGCUCUGGUUUGCAAUUGCCGGCAUGAGGACCUAGUACAGCUGCUUGAGGUCGAGUUUGUUUCUGUUCUCGAUAGUCUUGCCAAGAGCAACGAGCCAGUUCGGGAGGUUAUGACUUGGGCCGAUAAAUGUUGCGAGAGGUUAAUGGGAGGCAGUCGUGCCAACCACGGAGGACCCGAGGAGAGGAAUGUCAUGAGCUCACGUAGCGUCCUCAUCCGAUGGGGCUAUGUUACCAGCCAAGUAAUGAGGGACCUUACUAUUCGCAGUGACCCAGCCUUUGGCGCCUUCCAAAUUUUGAAGCUCUUCUUGGAUGAUUGGAUCGCUGUCAACGUUUUAAGGAGUGUUGCGCUUUCAACAAAUUCUGUUGCCGCAUCCGUAGAGCCCGUGAUACAACAAAACUUCUUUUCUUUGUCUCCCAUGGCUGGUCAGGAGAGUUUUGGGUCAAUGGAGGUCAGACCCCAGCACUUAAUGGCACAUACGCCGACUACCUCGAGCAUGCUGGCUGCCCUCCAACACGACUCCUAUACUAAUGGGUCGUCCCUUGAUCCUUCCUCUUCUGCCUUCAACUCGGAUGCCUAUGGGUCAAUGUCGUACAUGGAUACCUCCGCAGCGCAUGACGAUUCUCUUCCCCCUCAUCAACCAGGAUUGUCGUUCCAGGAUUUCGGUGGUUCUGGCAACACGUUCGAUGUCUCUAGUUACACCUCUCAAGAUCUGGGCGCUCUGAACGGUUCAGGCACUCCAACAACUGAUCCUGACCACGAUGCUGAAUCUGUCAAAACGGAGCAACAAGGAGUAUGA